GUAAUCCUUGUUUAUCCAGGAAAAUCUGCUGUAACCUUACAAGACUUCUAUUCUUCAAAUAAAAAACAAGAGGAUAGGGAAGAACAUAAAAAAAAUAAUAAUUCUAGCAAAUUCAUGACUCAUGCAUUGUUUAUUGAUAGUACAUGGAAUCAAAGUAAUGGAAUUCUGAAAGAUCCAAUAAUAUCAGGACUUCCGUGUAUAAAGCUGAAUAUAAGAUUAUCUCAAUUUUGGAGACAUCAAAAAGGCAGCCCUAGAUGGUUUUUAGCUACUAUUGAAGCUAUCCAUCAACUACUAGUUGAAUUCACAGAAACAGAUAUUGAAGCAAAUGAACCACCUGAAAAUUAUGAUAAUAUGUUAUUUUUCUUCAGAUUUAUGUAUGAAAAAAUCCAUCAACUAUAUGAACAUGAUAAACUUAAAUCAUACAGAAGACCUAUGAAUAUAUGAAGUUGUUACAAUAAGAUAAAAUGUAUUUAUUUGUCUAAAAUAUAUAUUUUUUUUUACUUAUUUUAAUAUUGAAGAGAGGUCACUGUAUUYGAAACGUUUUCAAUUAAAUCCCCAUGUUAUGUUAUAUUGGCAUAGUAUUUAAUUAGAAUUUUAAAUGAUAAAAAAAGCAAUAUAGAUAUCAACUAUGGCAAGACCACUUACCCAUAAACGCUAAAUAAUAAGUUUAAGUUGAAUCAUUUUGAGGCAAUAAAAUGAAGCUCAUCAUUCUAAGAAGACGGUUUAAAAUGUAUGAAGAAUUGUUAUCUAUUAAUUCAGUAGAUAGUUAUCUAAUCAUUAAUUUGAUAUAUUUCUCUUAUUAUAUCAUAUGUGCAGCACAUAAUGUGCUGCAUGUAAGGAUUAGUUGCUUACUGUUUUACAAGGGUUUCUUUAAUAUUCUAUAAAUUUAUACUGUUCAUCCAGCUAACUCAAACAAAAAUGAAAACACCUCUUMUAUUCUAAUUUAAUAASUAAUAUGACUAUGUAGAUAAAAAGUUCAYUGUUUAUUUAUUGAAGUACCUAUUGCUCUUGUAAAGUUAAAAGUUACGAACAAUUUUAGUGCAARAAAUUAUGGUUUCUUUCAGUUGAAAUAUUGUACAAUUUGUUAUUUUUGACAAAAUAUGU